UUGAAAGAUAGCUGAGCGCCUCGGACACCUCAGACGGACGGUGGUCAUCCCGAGAGGCGUCCCAGCCCGCCAUGGCUCUACUCCUUCGGGCAUCGUGCCUUCUGUCCCUGCUCCUGGCCGGGUUCGUUCCCCCGGGCCGGGGACAAGAGAAGUCCAAGACAGACUGCCAUAGAGGUGUGAGUGGUACCAUCUACGAGUAUGGGGCCCUCACCAUCGACGGGGAAGAAUACAUCCCUUUUAAGCAAUAUGCAGGAAAAUACGUCCUCUUUGUCAAUGUUGCCAGUUACUGAGGUCUAACAGACCAGUACCUUGAACUGAAUGCACUACAAGAAGAACUUGGCCCGUUCGGUCUGGUCAUUCUGGGCUUCCCCAGCAAUCAAUUUGGCAAACAGGAGCCAGGCGAGAACUCGGAGAUCCUACCCAGUCUCAAGUAUGUCCGACCAGGUGGGGGCUUUGUCCCUAACUUCCAGCUCUUUGAGAAAGGAGAUGUGAACGGGGAGAAAGAACAGAAGGUCUACACUUUCCUGAAGAACUCCUGCCCUCCUACUGCGGAGCUCCUGGGCUCACCUAGCCGCCUCUUUUGGGAACCCAUGAAGAUCCAUGACAUCCGCUGGAACUUUGAGAAGUUUCUGGUGGGGCCGGAUGGCAAACCUAUUAUGCGCUGGUACCACCGGACUACAGUCAGCAACGUCAAGAUGGAUAUCCUGUCCUACAUGAGGCAGCAGGCAGCCCUGGGGGCCAGAUGGAAGUAAUUGAUGCCCCCCCCCCAACCUCUAUCCCCUGUCCAUCAUGCAAGGGGCUGGAGAGGGGCUCUUCAGGAAGGAACCCACUUUCCCAAUCAUUCUACACCUGCCCCAGGCCCUCUUUCUUAUUACAUAAAAGACAAACCUGGCACGACUAUGUGUCUGUACUACUGUGCACACAUGUGACAAUUGUGCCCAUGUGUGCAUGGCUACACAGCCACCUGUCUGCCUGCCUGAUACCCAGGCAUGGACCAGCUGUGCUCACAGCUUGGUACUGGGGAACUAUACCUUCAUAUUUUUUCCAGCUUUCUGUUCCAAAUGAACCCAACACCAGUUCUAGGUCCAACAGUCCUUCUCAAACCCGGACAUCGCCUUUGGGGCCAGCGUCUCCCACAUGCCCACACUUAAUUCCCCGUACACAUCUGGGUUCACUACACUGCCAGCCUCUUUCAUCUUUCCUGAAGGGCCCUCCCGAGUCCCCACCCCCACCCUCUAGUGUUCCUGAGAACAGCAAAGGCAACUGUGAGUGUGAUGGCCAUGUACCCCAAGUCAGAGGUGGUAUCUCCAUGAAGGAGGGGCCCGAAGCCCUUCUGGGCGGGCCUCCCCUGAACCUGUUUGUGGGGCCAGCCCUUAGUGCAUUCAGGCUUAGGCUCCCAGGCAGGGAUCCUACCCCUGCUCCUCUGGAAGACAUGCUGUUCUCUCACUUUGUCCACUGUUCUCUCACACCCCAUCUGCCCAGUAAAGGCCUUUCUGCAGCAGCU